AUGCCAGAAAGAGUACAAAGGAAAUAUGAUUCAGAAACUCCAGUUGAAUUCUUUGAUUUGAAGUUUAAUAACACAUAUAUUGAUAACUUCGACUAUUACCAUGCAGCUGAAAGGCUAUGUAAGCUGGACAAGGGCGAUGAUAAGAAAUUGAUGAUUGUUGUGAUAUUGAGUGACACGUCAGAAGGAUCAUCGUUCUUCAGACAAGCGAUUAGAGAAACGUGGGGAGGUGUAAGGAGACUGUUUGGCUGGUCACUACGUUUUGCUUUCAUCAUAGGGGAAAAUAAAGAUCUUCAGCGGAUGUCCAAGAUUGCAAAUGAAAGUGAAGUGUAUGGUGACAUUGUCCAAGGCAGAUUUGAUGAUACUUAUUUGAAUAUAACUGAUAAGACAAUUGCAUCAUUCCGCUGGACACAAGAACACUGCUCAAAUGCAAUCUACAUGAUGAGAAUCACGCAAGACACAGUGUUGAACCCACAGAAACUGAUAGGUUGGGCAAAUGAAUUCUAUAACCAUAACUCCACUAAUAUGAGAUUGUAUUUCGGUGCUCCACUUAGAGGGAGUCCAAUAAUAUAUGAUCAAAAUCAUAAAAACAGACUUAUAUCCCCAGUUAAAUGGCCCAAAAAAUAUUACCCGGCAUACCAGUCAGGUUGUGGGUUUAUCUCCUCGCUGACGUUCAUCCGGGACUUGAACGCAAUGUUCUGCAGAACUCCCAUAACGGCGCCGGACGAUGGCUACGUAGGCGCUAUUGCUGAAGCACUGGGAGUUACGAUAUAUGAGCACCCACUAUUUGCUGCACAUUACACAUAUCUUAACAAGAAAGAUCGAGGAACUAUAAAUUCAGAGGCGACAUUUGUACAUCUUGUAGCAAUAAUCAGACCGGAAGACAUUUAUGAUGUGAUGGUGGAUGUAUACCAGACGAUAAGUGGGUAUACGGGUCCACCAUCUAACACCAGUAGCAUGACAGAGAAACAUACUGUUGUGUUGUAGCAUAAUAUUCAAAAGAUUAUUAAACCACAGAUUCAGUCAAGAGCAUUACAUUACCCAGGACUUUAUCGUCU